GUUUCGUUGCUCAAAUCUUGUUAUCAUUGUGAUUCUAAUUGUAGGAUGAUUAACCUUUUUAUUUGACGUUUUGUCAACCUUAAUUCUCAAUUAGAUAUCAGUGAUUUGUGGCAAUGGAAUUGAAUGAUUUACCUGAAGAUUGUUUAUUGCAUAUAUUUGAUUAUUUUCCGGAUCUUAAACAACUUUUGAGUUUGUCGACAGUUUGUAGUCUAUGGAAUAAUUUGGUUAAAAGUCAACUGAAAAAAGUUCAAUAUUUACAUUUAAUACAAUGCGAUGGUGAGUAUUCUUGGUAUUUUGAUGCUCUAGAAUGUUCAUCUUACAACCAUAUCUACACGAAUGACCUGAAGUUCUUUGAGAAGGUGAAUGUUUCUAAACUGUUACCAAAUCUAAAGUAUUUUGAAACUAGUUACUAUUUGGAUGGUCAACACUGUAUGUGCAAGGCAACGAUCAAUGUUUUAUCGACUUCGAACACAUUGAUUGGACUGAAGGGUGAAUCUUCAUGUUACAAAAGUAACUUCAGUUUUAUUCCCCAUGCUCACAUCGAUGAAGUCGUAAGACAUUGUGGUAAUUUGGAGUACCUUUCGUCCGGAUUUAAACAUUUUAUUCGAAGUUUUUUCUCCAGAUUUGGAGACAAUUUGAAACACUUUGAAGCUUUGGAAGAUUUCUCUGGAUUUUAUUUUCACCCUGGAGCUUCUGAUUCUUUUGAAAGAAUAAUGGCGAAAAUGCCAAAUCUUGAAACUUUGUCUUUGUUUGAAGAACCUGAAAUCGAACCUCUUAAAGGGCCUGCACCGAAAAUGAAUUUGAAACAACUCAGCAUAGAAAGUAUUGACAUUGAAUCUUCAACUCUUCAAGUUUUAUCUCUUUUCCCAGAACUACCAAGUCUCUACUUAAGUUUUGCAUAUCAAGGAAAAGCCAAAGCUUUUUCAACUUCCAGAAUUCAUCCAAACGUCCAGGAUUUGGUAUUAGAAGUCCCAAUAGAGGCAGCGGAAGUUGUCCACUGCGGUAAGCUGAUUAAUAGUGUAUUGGCCAACUUUCCCAAUUGUAAGAAUCUUAUGAUUUGGAUACGUUUCGGAUUCACUGAUAAAGAAAUGGUGUUCAAGAUAAUUGAAAUGUUGCCAAACUUGAAUCUAUUUGUUCUACAUAUUGAUGACAUAAAUGGCACUUGGAAGGACCUUGAUUACUUUGAUACUGUCGAUAAACAUUGCAAGUCAAUUGGUCGUCGAGUCGCUUUUUACAUAGUCAUUGAUGUUGAUUUCCACAAAAAAAUUCGAUAUUCAGUGAAUGAAGAUAUCGCCAGUCCUUUCAAGACCGAUAACCCAUUUGUUCAUAAGUAUUUCCGCUGUAUAAAGAUUCAUAUCCAUCAAUUUUCUAAUCUGAAACAAAGAUAA